AUGGAGCAGCUCCUUCGCACGUUCAAGACGUCAAUCACUGCAAGCCAGGCGAUGAAGUUAAUCAUGGCAAAGAAGGACGCACGACGCACCUGGGCCGAGCACUUCCUGUACAUGGUCGCCGUCAGCGAGGCACGCGGUGGUUCCGACUCGCUUGUUCUUGAUAACAUCGUCCACCACGCUUCGCCGGAGCUGGUGAACGUGAUGCGCUCCAAGUAUGAGACCACUCGACUCGACUACCUGCGCCAUGCUGAGGAGCUGGCGCACUUCGCGCAGUCCAUUGAGCACGGCAGCAGCGCGGUGGGUCGUGAGGUCGUCGCCGCGCACGUGGAAGGCAAACCCAAGGGCGCGAUCACGUGCUACCGAUGGGGGCGACCAGGCCACAUCGCAGCCAACUGUCGCGCGCGAGUCGUGCACGAAGACGAGACACUCCGCGGAGGGCGGAGGCGCCAGCAUGAUACUUUGCACUGA